AUGGUGGGAUCGGGCGAGGCUGAUUGUCCUCCCGGAGAACUGCCAUCGACCCCGUCGUUACUCCAUCGACCGGUUCCCAUUCAACCGAUCACAAAUCCUUUCAGGCUUGAUGCCAUCCCCGACACCUCUCUAUCAGAUCCAUUCGCCGUCUAUCGACUCUACUUGGCCCAUAUGCGACCGACCACAUUGGCUCAAGUCCUCCCCGGAUUUUCCCUUCUCAACCAACCGCCAACUUCUUCACUAUUUGGCUCCUCUACUCCAAUCACUCAAUCGUCAACACCAGUAUCCACACCGAUUCCCAGAUUGGAUCCCGAGAAGUUCACUUGGAUUGCCCAAUAUCAGAACUCUAGCACUGAUUCAAGUCCGGCAAUCUCAACCCUAUCUUCUCCAAGCGAUGCGCCGUUAGUGGAAAAUGUGAAAAAUGAGACCGUGGAAGUGGUGGAUUUGCCUGAAAACCUUGACAUCGAGGCAUCACUUUGCGGAAUUUGCGGUGAUCGCGCCUCCGGGUUACACUACGGGAUUUUCACCUGUGAGGGG